GCCGCAUAAGUGCGAUGGCUGAGGACGUAAACCAACUGUUUUCGACGGAAGAAUGACUCUCCUUCCCGGAGAUCGAGAAGAAUCGCUUCGAGAAUAUCCUGAGAGAAACUACAAAGCGAUGAAAGACUUCGAACUGGACCCCAAGCUCCCGGAAUUUGUCCUGCGACAACAGAGGAAGCGACGCAACCGGUUCGUCGCGCCCACAGCCAGGCCAGCUCGAGUCCUCGACUACGAUGGAGACGACGAGUGGACGCCCGAGAAGGAGCAAUCUAGCAGGUAUGCAAGCAAAAAUGGAAGCGUAGGCAGUGGAGAAGAGGCGGUCAUAAGAGGAAGGCAGAGUGGAGUGCUCCAGCUUGGGCCAGAAGGAGUGAGAACUACAAUGAUGCGCCACUCAGUGUAGACCAAGUAGAUGUUAUACCGUUGUGGACUCCAGCCAAGUUGGUGGCAGGUGCAAAGGGCACUGCCAAGAUAAUGCCAACAACAGUCGACAGGUCAAGUGGAGCUUCCGCUGCAGAAAAUGUUAAGCCAGAGGACAAGGGGAUCUUUCC